AUGGCUGCAUCAGAAGAAGCGACUGGCUGCUUUCUCCCCAGAGGCCGGUCUCAGAGCGACCCCAGCAUCGCCACUGAUUCCACAGGCACUUCUGCCGCCGUUGCAGGCAGUCAUCCCCAGGAGAUGGAUCAAUCCGCUGCCGUGCGUUCCGAAUAUCUGGUCUCAGGGAUUCGAACUCCUCCUGUCCGAAGAAAUAGCAAGCUGGCCACGUUGGGCAGGAUCUUCAAACCAUGGAAAUGGAGGAAAAAGAAAAAUGAGAAGCUAAAGCAGACUUCAGCAGCACUAGAGAAGAAGACAACCACCAGGCAAGGUCGGGAGGAGCUAAUUAAGAAAGGCCUUCUGGAAAUAAUGGAACAAGAUUCUGAAGGCAAAGCAUGCCCUGCUGACGGUGCCACCAGAGCAAUGCUGAGUGACCCUUCAGUCCCCUCAUGCCAGGCAGUUACCUCAGAAGAGAUGCGGCAGGAACAUAUAUCAGCCACAACCGAUGCCACCUCACUUGGCGAGGAGCUGCAUUCGGAAGAGCUGAGAGAAGAUUCAGCCAAGAAGACGCCAACAUCUGCAGAUGAAAGGGAAAAUGCCACCCUGCCGGCCUCUGAAGAGAAUCCACAAGCCUUACUUCUUUCUGGAUCCACAGAAUCACCCCAGAAAGAAAUGGACAGGAACCCCAUACAGCUCUCCAGCCAUCCUCCAUUGCUUCCAGUCCCACCACCCAAGACUGUACCCAAAGUCUCAAAGAUUGUGCCAGGGCAAGCUGCUCCCUUCCAGCCCUCAGGACAGAAGGUCUCUGAACCCCACCUCAGAGGGCAGCAUCCAACGCCAACCGGCUCUCCUCACCUUGCUGCCGUCCACCUGCCUUUACCUCCCAGCCGGGUCAUUGAGGAACUUCACAGAGCUCUGGCCACCAAACACCGGCAGGAUAGCUUUCAUGGAAGAGAAAACAAAGGGUCUCCCAAAAAGCGGAUGGAUGCCCGCCCAUCCAGAACAUCCAGUGUGGACCACAGCAAAGAGAAGGAUACUUCAGUGAGCUACAGCAGUGACCAGGAGAACAAGCGGAACUCUGUCAAGGAGUCCGACGAGAACAAAGAGAACUUGAUCAUGAACUCUGAAAUCAAAGAUGACUCUGUUUUCUAUCAGGAUGAAGAGGUUUUGAACGACUCCAUAAUUUCCGGUACGUUGCCAAGAAAAUGCAAGAAAGAGUUGCUGGCAGUGAAACUGAGGAACAGGCCAAGCAAACAGGAGUUAGAAGACAGGAACAUCUUCCCAAGUAGGACCGACGAAGAGAGACAAGAGAUCCGGCAGCAAAUUGAGAUGAAACUAUCCAAGCGACUGAGCCAAAGACCUGCUGUUGAGGAGCUUGAAAGAAGAAAUAUUCUGAAACAAAGAAAUGACCAGACAGAACAGGAAGAAAGAAGAGAGAUCAAGCAGCGGCUGACAAGAAAGCUUAAUCAAAGACCUACAGUUGAUGAAUUAAGAGACAGAAAAAUCCUGAUUCGAUUCAGUGAUUAUGUGGAAGUGGCAAAAGCACAGGAUUAUGACAGACGGGCAGAUAAGCCAUGGACACGGCUCUCAGCGGCAGAUAAGGCAGCCAUUCGGAAAGAGUUAAACGAGUACAAAAGUAACGAAAUGGAGGUGCAUGCAUCAAGCAAGCAUUUGACAAGAUUCCACAGGCCAUAGAGAUUUUCUUCUGAGAAGAAUUUGUCUACUUUUUUGAUACCACUACUGAACAUGCACCAGGGAAAGUAUGAAGGUCUUUCCUUGAGGUUCAGUCUAUGACAAGCUGAUGAAACAAGUUCGAGGACUCUGCAAAUGAAAGCUCUGCAGCACACCUACAGAGGAUCUUCCAGAGGAUGGCCUUCACGUUGGAGUCGCAACACCUACGGGGCGGGAGAAUUCACCGAAAAUGACGUCAAGCUCAUCAAAGAGGAACCUACUGCUCUUCUUCACUUGUUUUAAACUGUAUUGCAGCCUAUUUUGGGAAAGGAGAUGUUGUGCAUGUACAGGCUUUACCAUUCCAAGGCCUCUGCCCUAAUGGACAUGGCGCGCACCGCCUUUCAGUAUUAUCAGUGACAAGACACUUGGAACUUACCAUGAUUAGUUUGUAUAAAACACUUAAGUUCAUGUUCUACAAAAUGAUUUACUAUAUUAUUUCUUUCCUUUUUUAUAUAUAAUGUCUAACAAAAACACAGCUGCGGCAUUUUUCUGGGACUCCUGUUAAUUUCCCCCCCCCUUUAAUUAAAUGAUUACUUACUGCAGAAAACAGA